UUCAGAAAGACAGUAAAGUUCAUACCAGGCUCGGCUAACCACUUUAUUUACAGCUGAACAGAGGUAGGCUUUCAGUCCGCUCGAAAAUAAAAGGUUUUUCCAUGUCAUAUUUAUGAUUGUGACUUUCAAAAAAUAUUCAGGUUAAUUAAUUUAGCGUUAUUGUAUCGUAUUAUUCAGCGUUCAGCUGUAGUUACGUUACCGUUUGGCUAACGUGCUAACUUAGUGUUCCCUUUGACGAGCGAAGCUUAUUCGCCGGCUUCUUGUUCAGGUGUUCCCGUUCCACCUUAAAUGGUACAGCAGUUUUACAUACUGGCGCCUCAAAAUUCGAGCAAGAAGCAAGAAGCUGGCGAGUAGGAAGCCAACUUCAGCAUAUUUUACUCCCAGACGUUUAGCUACAUUGACUAAAGUCGUGCUAACUGGCUGAGAGGCUCGCUAGCAGUGCCAGGCUGUCUGACAGGCUUGCUGUUUGUACUAUGAGACGAUGGAGGCGAGACAGGGGCACCAAAGCUAUGCCAGAGAAGCUGGUGUGUUCUUGCCCCACCCGCCCGGUAACGUCAGACCGACCCCGCCGCUGAGCCGCAGGAACAAACGGCCCCCCGUGAGGAAAUGUCCCACCCUAGAGCAGAAGGGCUUCUACUCAGAGCUUCUCAGCUCAGCAGCCAAACCACAUGUGCAGUCCUGCACACAGGGACCAGACACUGAGCAGAGUUUGCUGUGCCAGGCUGGCUAUGAUUCACACACCCCUAAAGCAAGCACUUUUCAGACACCCGCUGACCUGUUCAGCAUCAUUGAGAAGGACAAGCAUGGGCCAACCACUCAGAUCCUGCAGCAGUCGGACUUCUCCUCAGGAGGCUUCAUGGCUAAAGUACAGUUACCCUACAGUUGCUCACCUGGCCAGCAGCCACGCAACAUUGAGAUCGAGAGACGGCGGCGGGAAUAUCUAAAAUUAGACAUCACUCAGCUCCUGGCUGAGCUUGGUAUCGACUCCAGCCAGCUGGUAUCCAGGGAACUGAGCUCGGAGGAUCACCCAGAGAACUCCUGUCCACCUGUGGCUAAGAAACCUUGCCCACCAGUUUCUAACUACCUUCCUCUGGAGAUAUUUGACAAUGAGGAGUUUGACUGCCGGACACCAGAGGACUGGCUGGCUUUGGGCUUUGAGCCAGGGUCAAAAGACCGCAAACCCGUCCCAGCCAAGGCCCUUCUACCAAGCAGUGACUUCAUCUUACCUGAGGAGGAGAAGAGUUUGGCUCCAGAGUAUUCGUGGCAGUCUGUGGGGGUCCUGGACUACUGCCCAGAGAAGAAGCAGUACCUGGUGCAAAAGGCAGAUCCACAUGGUCAGAUCAGAGACAGUAAGGGCAAACAUGUGAUUGGAGCACCGAAUAACAAAGGAAAGUGUCAGACUGGUCAGUUUUGGGUUUGGCGGGUCAGGCUGAUGUUUUUGGCUGAGGACCCACGCCUCUUUGCUCAGAGGGUCCAGUUUGCCUGCAGCUUUAGGAGAACCACAGAGGCCCUGCUGCUAUACCAUCUCUCUGUGGACUGCAUGCCAUCAUGGAGUGGGACACCUACCAUGCCGCCCAAAAGCCUCCAGCACAUCAAAGCCCUCGCCCUCAGCACGCCAGGCCUCAGACUUCCACGACUGCAGGAGUGUGUGAAACGUCUGGAGGAGGAGGUUCAUCUUGAAUACAUUCGCACUAUGAACCGAAUCAGCUUCGACAGGCUCGUACAGGACAACCCUGAGGAGUUCUCCUACAUCACUGUGCCUCAGGAAGAACCAGAGAGAGUUCCCCUCAAAGGUUCGGUGGCUGUUCCAGACUACCUGUUUGAAAAGAACCGUGCUGCUUUUGCCUUUAACUCCCUGCUCACCAAGCCGGAGGUCAUCUCUGCUCUGUCCAAAGUCAGAGCAGAGUGCGACAGAGUGGCUUCGAUGAGCCUCUUUCAUGUCACCUUCACCAAACCCCUACGCCUGGAGGAGUUUGAGCUGGCACAGUCACAGACCCACACACAGGUGCAGCUCUUCCUGAAGGACUCUUGGGUAACGACUCUGUGUAACGGGAUCUGCUCCAGUCUGAGGGAUGUCGGGGCCGGCUGGUUUUGCCUGAAAGAGUCUCGCUGGGAGGUGUACCAUAUGUCCAAGAUGUGCCGUCUGAUGGCAUCAAUACGCUACAGCCUACAAGACUCGCUACGUUUCCUUGUGCAGGACUCACUGGCCAGCCUGGCUCAGCUGCUGCUGGACGCCUGCCACAAUGUGCUACACUGCCCCUCUGACCUCACCUGGGGCUCCAACCUCAUCAACAGCCCAUACAAGCCAAAGAAGAACCCGCUGUUCCUGGUGGACCUGGUGCUCGAUCAGACUGGAGUACAUUAUAGCACCCCGCUGGAGAGCUUUGAGAUGUCCAUUGUUAACCUUCUGGACAAAGGGAUCCUGUGCACUCAUAACAUCCCUCAGCUGGACAAGUUUGUUAUGAAGAAUUUGUUCAUCAGUGGCGUUCCUCUGCUGGAGUCGGUGGGUCUGUAUGAGCCGGCAGUGAGAGAGCUGAGAGAGAGAGUGAGUCUCGCCCUGCACCAGGCUACCAUUCCUCUCCGAGCCUACGCCCGAGAAUACGAAUGCCACCUCGAGCUGCACAACUCUGACAUCAGCACCUUUCUGAUGCAUCACAGUGAGGAAAACACCACCCCUGUGGAAGUGAAGCGGGAGGUGGAGAGGCACCUGAAGGAGAAAGAGAUUUUGGAUCAGUCUCUCCCCUCAUCCAUCGUCAUCGGGCCCUUCAUGGUCAGCGUAGAGGCCGUGCGACAGAGCCUGUCCAAGAAACGCCGCGCCUUGGCCAACGCCGUGCUGGACCGCCUCGCUCUGAAGCUCCGCAAGCAAGUGGAGGAGGCGUGUGAGGAGUGUAAAGCCAUCAGCAGGAAGCUGUACGAGAAGCCUAACAGCAUUGAGGAGCUGACAGAGCAGAGGGAGUGGAUGAAGCAGAUCCCAGAUCAGCUAAAGGCUCAGGAAGAAGUUUUGGUCAAAGCCAUGUCUGACUAUGAGCUGAUAGAUGAGUUUUUCUACAAUCUGUCCAAUGAGGAUUUCAAUGCGAAGUGGACUGCGAUGGCCUGGCCCCAUAAGAUCCUCACGCAGAUGGAACAUGUGCAAACGCAGCAUGUGGAGGAUGAGGAACGCUUCCACAAGAUCCAGCUGGUCGACCAGAACAAUUUCCAGGAGCGCUUGGAAUCCUUACAGAUGCUGGUCGCAGGCUUUGCUGCCUACACAGAUUUCAAUCGAGCACACGAGGUGGCGAACGAAGUGCGUCGUGUUGGAAAGCAGCUGAAGGAAGCUCAGGCGAUGGCACAGGUUUACAACAACCGUGAACGCCUCUUCAGCAUCCCUGUCACCAACUAUGAGCGUUUGCAGAAGCUUAGCCGAGACUUCCAGCCAUUCAGGGACCUGUGGACAACCACCUCUGAUUGGCUACGGUGGCACGAGAGUUGGAUGAACGAUCCAUUGUCCACUAUCGACCCAGAACAGCUGGAGCGUAACGUCAACGAUGCCUAUAAGACCAUGCACAAGUGUGUCAAACUGUUCAAAGAUAUACCAGCCUGUCAGGAUGUGGCAGCCUACAUCCGUGGUGUCAUCGAGGAUUUCCGUCCAAACAUACCGCUGAUCCAGGGCCUGCGGAACCCGGGCAUGCGCAGCCGUCACUGGGCGCUGCUGUCCGAGUGCAUCCACAUGAACGUGAAGCCCAAAGCCAACCUCACGUUCUCCCGCUGCCUGGAGCUUGGCCUGCAGCAGCACGUGGAUGAGAUCGCCCACGUCGCUGAGGUGGCCAGCAAAGAGUACGCCAUUGAGCAGGCUCUGGACAAGAUGCAACACGAGUGGUCCUCGGUGAUGUUUGAGGUGUUGCCGUAUAAGGAGACGGGCACCUACAUCCUGAAGAGUCCUGACGAGGCCUCCCAGUUGCUGGAUGACCACAUCGUGAUGACUCAAAGCAUGUCCUUUUCUCCAUACAAGAAGCCAUUUGAGGAAAGGAUCAGUAGCUGGGAGAGCAAGCUGAGGAUGACCCAGGAUGUGCUGGAGGAGUGGCUGACAUGUCAGCGCUCCUGGCUCUACCUGGAGCCGAUCUUCAGCUCGGACGACAUCAACAGGCAGCUGCCCCUGGAAGGGAGGAGGUAUCAGACUAUGGAGCGCACCUGGAGGAAGGUGAUGAAGGCUGCUAACGACAACAGACAGGUGAUUGAACUGUGCCCGGACCCUCGUCUGCUGGACAGCCUGCGAGACUGUAACAAGCUCUUGGAGCAGGUGCAGAAAGGGCUGAGUGAAUACCUGGAGACCAAACGUGGAGCCUUCCCCAGGUUCUAUUUUCUGUCUGACGAUGAGCUUUUGGAGAUUCUCUCUCAGACCAAAGACCCAACAGCAGUGCAGCCUCACCUGCGCAAAUGCUUUGAGAACAUCGCCCGGCUUCGUUUCCAGCCGGACCUUCAGAUUACUCAUAUGUACUCUGCAGAAGGAGAGGAAGUCAAGCUCUUCCUCCCUGUGUGGCCUUCUGGGAAUGUGGAGGACUGGCUAUGUGAUGUGGAGAAGUCCAUGAAGCUCAGUCUGCGGGACUGCAUCGACCGAUCCCUCAGGGUAUACACAGAGGAACCUCGCACAAAGUGGGUGCUGUCGUGGCCGGGGCAGGUGGUGAUCGCGGGGUGCCAAACGUUCUGGACCAUGGAAGUUUCUGAGGCUCUGGAGAGGGGAGACCUGGCUGAGAGCCUUUACCCUCAGCUCCAGAUCCAGCUGAGUGAUCUGGUGCAGCUGGUGCGGGGUCGCCUGUCGAAGAUGCAGCGUGCUGUUCUCUCCGCACUCAUCGUGAUUGAGGUGCACGCUAAGGAUGUGGCUGCCAAACUGGUGGACGAGGGAGUGGCUAGUGUAAAUGACUUUGAAUGGAUCAGCCAGCUCAGAUAUUACUGGGCAAGAGAUGACUUGUACAUCAGGGCGGUGAACGCCGAAUUUCUCUAUGGCUACGAGUAUCUGGGUAACUCUGGGCGCCUUGUCAUCACUCCAUUGACGGACCGUUGUUAUCUGACCCUGACGGGUGCUCUGCACCUGAAGUUUGGAGGAGCACCAGCAGGUCCGGCAGGCACAGGGAAGACCGAGACCACCAAAGACCUGGGCAAAGCACUGGCCAUCCAGACGGUCGUUUUCAACUGCUCUGAUCAGCUCGACUUCCUCGCCAUGGGAAAGUUUCUCAAGGGUCUGGCUAGUUCUGGAGCCUGGGCAUGUUUUGAUGAAUUUAACCGUAUUGAUGUGGAGGUGCUGUCCGUGGUGGCUCAACAGAUUACUACCAUUCAGAAAGCCCAGCAACAACGAGCAGAGAGGUUUGUGUUUGAAGGAGCAGAGAUCCCGCUGGUUCCUUCUUGUGCUGUUUUCAUCACUAUGAACCCAGGCUAUGCUGGCCGAACUGAACUGCCUGACAACUUAAAGGCUCUGUUCCGUCCUGUUGCCAUGAUGGUCCCAGACUAUGCCAUGAUCGCUGAGAUUUCUCUGUACUCGUUUGGCUUCAGUGAUGCCAAAGUGCUUUCCAAAAAGAUCACCAGCACCUUCAAGCUGUCCUCUGAGCAGCUCAGCUCUCAGGAUCACUAUGACUUUGGCAUGAGAGCUGUGAAAACUGUGAUUUCUGCUGCAGGAAACCUAAAGAGAGAAAACCCUGACAUGAACGAGGAGCUGAUCUGUCUGCGUGCUAUAAGAGAUGUAAACGUGCCCAAGUUCCUGCAGGACGACCUCAAGCUCUUCAACGGCAUAGUGUCAGACCUCUUCCCCAAAACCCGUGAGGAGCCCAUCGACUACGGCACUCUGGAGGAGUCAAUCCGCAAUGUCUGCAAUGACAAGUGCCUCAAAGACGUGGACGGCUACAUUACAAAGAUUAUUCAGCUGUAUGAGACCACAGUGGUGAGGCAUGGCCUGAUGCUGGUGGGGCCGUCUGGCUCAGGUAAAACGAAGUGCUAUGAGGUGCUGGCAGCAGCGGUGACAGCUCUGCAGGGUCAGCCCUCGGUCAGCGGUGGAGUGUAUGAGGCUGUACAGACCUAUGUCCUCAAUCCUAAGUCCAUCACCAUGGGGCAGCUCUAUGGAGAGUUUGACCUGCUGACCCAUGAAUGGACAGACGGUAUUCUGUCCUCUCUAAUCCGCGUUGGAGCUGCUGCGAUGGACGAGGAGAAGAAGUGGUACGUGUUUGAUGGGCCGGUGGAUGCAGUGUGGAUUGAGAACAUGAACACAGUGCUGGAUGACAAUAAAAAGCUGUGUUUGAGUUCAGGGGAGAUCAUUAAACUCAGUGAUGUGAUGACUCUGAUGUUUGAGGUGCAGGACCUUGCCGUGGCCUCCCCUGCCACAGUGUCCCGCUGUGGGAUGGUGUAUUUGGAGCCCAGUAUUCUGGGUCUCUCUCCGUUCACUGAGUGCUGGUUACGUACCAUCCCCACCCCAUUGCAGCCAUAUGCUCAGCAGCUGGACUCACUAUUUACCCAAUUCCUACAGGACUCUAUCACGUUUGUGCGAAAGUCAGUGACAGAAGUGAUCACAUCUAUGGACAGUAACCUGACCUGCUCUCUGCUCAAGCUGCUGGACUGCUUCUUCCAGCCCUUUAUUCCACGAGAGGGAGAAAGACCUCCUCUUCAGGAGAAGCUGGAUCGUGUUUGUGAGCUCAUUGAGCCGUGGUUCAUCUUCUCUCUCAUAUGGAGUGUGGGGAGCACCGGAGACGCCGCCAGCCGCCAGCGCUUCAGCACCUGGUUCAGGGCUAAGAUGGCCCAGGAGAAGAUACAGCUGUGUUUCCCGGAGGAGGGGCUGGUGUAUGAUUAUCAGCUGGAUGAUGGAGGCAUCAGCAACCUGAGUGAGGAAGAGGAGGAUGCCAAAGGGAGAAAGGUGCAAUGGGUCAACUGGAUGAAAUACGCUGCGGAUGUUGUCAUCACCCCAGAAACCAAUUAUUCUGACAUCAUCGUGCCCACUGCGGACACCGUGCGCAUGUCCUUCUUGAUGGACAUGCUUCUGUCCAAUAAGAAGCCGGUGCUGUGUGUUGGGCCGACAGGCACCGGGAAGACCCUCACGGUGUCUGACAAGCUGCUAAAGAACAUGCCAGCCGAGUACAUCACACAUUUCCUCAUGUUCUCCGCUCGCACCUCUGCUAACCAGACACAGGAUUACAUCGACAGCAAGCUGGACAAGAGGCGGAAGGGCGUGUUUGGUCCUCCGUUGGGAAAAUACUUUAUCUUCUUCAUCGAUGACCUGAACAUGCCUAUGCUGGAGACGUAUGGAGCCCAACCACCAAUCGAGCUCCUGCGCCAGUGGAUGGACCACGGUGGCUGGUACGACAGAAAGCAAAUAGGAACAUUUAAGCAGUUGGUGGACAUCAAUUUUGCGUGUGCCAUGGGCCCCCCCGGCGGUGGCAGGAACCCCAUCACACAGCGCUUCACACGCCACUUCAACUUCCUCUCCUUCACUGAGAUGGAGGACUCCAGCAAGAGGAGAAUCUUCUCCACCAUCCUGGGCAACUGGAUGGAAAAGGUUCCUCAUCUGUUUCCACUGAACGAGCCUCUGGUGGACGCCACCAUUAAAGUUUACUCCACCAUCACCAGUGGUCUCCUGCCCACCCCUACCAAGUCCCACUACACUUUUAACCUGCGUGACCUCUCCAAGGUCUUCCAGGGCCUGCUCAUGGCUGAGGCUGGGAAGAUAGAGGAUAAAGUCCAGCUGCUGCAGCUGUGGUACCACGAGAGCUGCCGUGUGUUCCAGGACCGGCUGGUCAGUGCCGAGGACAGAGACUGGUUUGACCAGCUCCUCCAGCAGUAUAUCCAGGAGUUUGGCUGCAGCUUUCAGGAGGUUGUGCCCCACCAGCCGCUCCUCUUUGGAGACUUCAUGGUCCCUGGAACUGACAGCAAAGUCUACCAGCUUAUUGAGGACAGAGAGAAGCUGGCACGGGUGAUGGAGGAGUAUAUGGAGGACUAUAAUCAGGUCAGCACCACUAAGAUGAAGCUGGUGCUCUUCAUGGACGCCAUCCAGCACGUGUGUCGAAUCAGCCGGAUCCUUCGGCAGCCGCUGGGGAACGCUCUUCUGCUGGGGGUCGGAGGCAGUGGACGCCAGUCCCUCACCAAACUCGCCACACACAUAUCUGACUACGAGUGCUUCCAGAUUGAGCUGUCUAAGAACUAUGGAACAGCAGAAUGGAGGGAGGACAUUAAGAGCAUCAUGAUGAAGGCCGGUCUGCAAAACGUUCAGAUCACGUUCCUGUUUGUCGAUACGCAGAUUAAGAGCGAGUCGUUCCUGGAGGACAUUAAUAACAUCCUCAACUCGGGCGACGUGCCGAAUCUGUACACUGGAGAGGAGCAGGACAGAAUCCUGACUGCUAUGAAGCCUGUGGUGCAGGACCUCGCCCAGCAGCCCACCAAAGCCAAUCUCAUGGCUGCCUACGUCAAGAGAGUCCGGAGCAACAUCCACACCGUGCUGUGCAUGAGUCCGAUAGGGGAGGUUUUCCGAGCGAGGCUUCGCCAGUUCCCCUCUCUGGUCACCUGCUGCACCAUCGACUGGUUCAGUGCCUGGCCACAGGAGGCACUGCAGUCUGUGGCAGUGUCCUUCCUCAACGAACUUCCCGAGCUGGAGGCCAGCCCUGCUGCCCUCAAUGGCCUGACAGUGAUGUGCAUGGAGAUCCACCAGAUGGUGGCCCGUAAGUGUGAGCAGUACCGAACUGAACUCUCACGCUACAACUACGUCACACCAAAGAGCUACCUGGAGCUGCUCAGCAUCUUCUCUGCUCUGAUUGGCCACAAAAAGCAGGAACUGCACGGGGCUCGUCAGCGCAUGAAGACCGGUCUGGACAAGCUCUUGAGCACAGCUGAGGACGUGAGUAAGAUGCAGGAGGAGCUGGAGACCAUGCGGCCUCUCCUGGAAGAAGCAGCCAGAGACACUGUCAUCACUAUGGAGAAAAUCAAGGAAGACACAGUGGUUGCGGAGGAGACUCGUGUUGCAGUGCAGGCUGAGGAAGCCAAAGCAUCUGAGAAGGCUAGGGUAGCCGGAGCCAUGGCUGCAGAUGCCCAGAAAGAUCUAGAUGAAGCACUGCCCGCACUGGAUGCUGCGCUGACCAGCCUAAAAUCCCUCAACAAGAACGAUGUCAUUGAGGUGAGGGCGAUGCAGAGGCCUCCUCAGGGAGUGAAGCUGGUCAUUGAGGCGGUCUGCAUUAUGAAAGGCAUCAAGCCUAAGAAAGUGGCCGGAGAAAAGCCUGGCACCAAAGUGGAUGACUACUGGGAGCCCGGCAAGGGUCUUCUGCAGGACCCCGGCAAAUUCCUGGAGGGUCUCUUCAAGUUUGACAAGGACAAUAUCCCAGACUCUGUGAUCAAGCUGGUGCAGCCCUACAUAGACAACGAGGAGUUCCAGCCAGCCUCCAUAGCCAAAGUAUCCAAAGCCUGCACGUCCAUCUGUCAGUGGGUGCGAGCCAUGCAUGUCUACCAUUUUGUGGCCAAAGCUGUUGAGCCCAAACGGCAGGCGCUUGCUGAGGCUCAGGAGGACCUGGCUGUAACACAGCGUAUUCUGGAUGAGGCCAAAAAGAAGCUGGCGGCGGUGGAGGAGGGCAUUGCCGCACUACAAGCUAAAUAUCAUGACUGCCUGGCCAAACGGGAUGAACUGGACAGCAAGUGCCAGCUGUGUGAGGGCAGACUGAUCAGAGCAGACAAGCUGAUUGGUGGGCUGGCUGAUGAGAAAGUGCGCUGGAGCGAGGCAGUGCAGCAUUUGGAGUAUCUGGUGGAUAAUGUAUCUGGAGACGUGCUGAUGUCUGCAGGAUAUGUAGCUUACCUCGGACCCUUUACUGGCGAGUACAGGGCAGCGAUGGUCGAGGAGUGGCUGCGUGGCUUUAAGGAGCAGCAGGUCCCUCACACGGCUGAACCUAACCUCAUCAACAUUCUCGGAGACAAAGUCAAGAUCCGCUCCUGGCAGAUCUCAGGGCUGCCGAAGGAUAAUCUCUCUGUUGAGAAUGGUGUCAUCAGUCAGUACUCACAGCGCUGGUCUCUGUUCAUUGACCCUCAGGGCCAGGCCAACAAGUGGAUUAAGAACAUGGAGCGUGAUAAUGGAUUGGAUGUGAUGAAGCUGAGUGACCGAGACUUCCUGCGAAGUUUGGAAAACGCUAUUCGCUUCGGAAAGCCCUGCCUGCUGGAGAACGUGGGAGAGGAGCUGGACCCAGCACUGGACCCUGUUUUGCUGAGACAGACAUAUAAGCAGCAGGGCAGUACAGUACUGAAGCUGGGAGAUGCUGUUAUUCCCUAUCACGAUGACUUCAAGAUGUACAUCACCACCAAACUGCCCAAUCCUCACUAUUCACCUGAGAUAUCCACCAAGGUCACUCUCAUCAACUUCACACUGUCACCCAGUGGAUUGGAGGACCAGCUGCUGGGCCGGGUGGUAGCAGAAGAGAGGCCUGAUCUAGAAGAGGCGAAGAACCAGCUGAUUGUGAGUAACGCCCACAUGAAGCAGGAGCUGAAGGAGAUCGAGGAUCAGAUCCUGCUCCGCCUCAGCUCGUCUGAGGGAAACCCUGUGGACGAUGAGGAGCUCAUCCGUGUGCUUGGUGCCUCCAAGCUAAAAGCUGGAGAGAUCCAGGCUAAAGUGAUGGUGGCAGAGGAGACGGAGCGGGACAUUGACGCAACACGGCUGGAGUACGUCCCAGUAGCUGUACGUGCCCAGAUCCUUUUCUUCUGUGUGUCUGACCUGUCCAAUGUUGACCCCAUGUACCAGUACUCACUGGAGUGGUUCCUGGGCAUCUUCAUGGCUGGCAUUGCUAACUCGGACCGGGCAGACACAGUGGAGCAGCGCAUCAUCAACAUUAAUGAAUAUUUCACCUUCAGUCUCUACAGCAACGUUUGCCGCAGCCUGUUCGAAAAACACAAGCUAAUGUUCGCCUUCCUGUUGUGUGCACGCAUCAUGAUGAAUGAAAACAAGAUAGACAUGGCUGAAUGGCAAUACAUGCUGUCUGGAGGAACGGCCCAUCAGCAGCUCCCCAACCCAUCGUCCAGCUGGUUAUCAGAGCGAGCAUGGCAGGAGCUGCUGGCUCUCAGUGAGCUGCCUAACUUCAAAGGCCUGGCAGACACCUUCUUCAAACAUGAGCCUGAAUACAAGAGGAUCUUUGACAGCAGCCGGCCACACCAAGAGCCCCUCCCAGGUGAGUGGGUCACUAAGCUGGACAGCUUCCAGCGGCUGCUGGUGCUGCGCUGUUUGCGUGUAGAUCGCCUCACACACGGCCUGCAGGACUUCGUGUCUGCGCAGCUGGGUCAGCGCUUCAUCGAGCCUCAGACGUCUGACCUGUCUGUUGUCUUUAAGGAGUCUUCUCCAUCCACUCCCCUCAUUUUUGUGCUGUCCCCUGGCACUGACCCCGCCGCCGACCUCUACAAGUUUGCUGAUGUUAUGAAGUUCUCCAAAAAAAUGAGUGCCAUCUCGCUGGGCCAGGGCCAGGGUCCCUGGGCUGAAGCAAUGAUGAACAGUGCGAUGGAAAGAGGGCAGUGGGUGUUCUUUCAAAACUGCCACCUUGCGCCCAGCUGGAUGCCCUCUUUAGAGAGACUCAUCGAGAAUAUUGACCCUGACAAGGUCCAUCGGGAUUUCCGUCUGUGGCUGACCAGCCUCCCCAGCAACAAGUUCCCCGUGUCCAUCUUACAGAAUGGCUCUAAAAUGACCAUUGAGCCACCACGGGGCAUCAAGGCCAACCUGCUCAAAACCUACCUGAGCCUAAACGAUGACUUCAUCAACUCCUGCUCCAAGAGCGCAGAGUUUAAGUCUCUGUUACUGUCUCUGUGUCUUUUCCAUGGAAACGCUAUCGAGCGCAGGAAGUUCGGCCCACUGGGCUUCAACAUCCCCUACGAGUUUACAGACGGAGACUUGCGCAUCUGCAUCAGCCAGCUCAAGAUGUUCCUCGACGAGUACCAGGAUGUCCCUUACAAGGUGCUGAAAUACACUGCUGGGGAGAUUAACUAUGGUGGUCGCGUAACAGAUGACUGGGACCGCCGCUGCAUCAUGAACGUGUUGGAGGAUUUCUACUGUCCAGCAGUGCUAAACCUGGACCACAUCUACUCCCCCUCUGGAGAGUACCGGCAGAUCAGCACUGAGCUGGACAUCAAGGGCUAUCUGUCAUAUAUCCGAGGUUUACCCAUUAACGACUCACCCGAAAUCUUCGGCCUGCACGACAACGCCAACAUCAGCUUCGCCCAGAAUGAAACAUUUGCCCUGCUGGGAGCGGUUCUCCAACUGCAGCCCAGAGCAGCGUCCAGUGGGGGAAAGGCCAGAGAGGAGAUAGUGGAGGAGAUUGUGGCAGGGAUUGUGGAGAAAAUUCCCAACUCCAUCAACGUGCAGGAAGUCACUACCAAAUAUCCAGUGAUGUAUGAGGAGUCUAUGAACACUGUGCUGAUUCAAGAGGUUAUCAGGUAUAAUACGUUGUUAGCAGUGAUCUCUCAGAGUCUCAGUGAUCUAGUGAAGGCUCUGAAAGGUUUGGUGGUGAUGUCAUCAGAGCUGGAGCUCAUGGCCAACAGCCUGUUCAUCAAUGCCGUUCCAGAAAUGUGGAAGGCCAAGGCGUACCCGUCUCUGAAGCCACUGGCAUCCUGGGUGUCAGACCUGGUGCAGCGGAUCAGUUUCCUGAAGGGCUGGAUCUCCAAUGGCAUUCCCGCUGUGUUCUGGAUCAGCGGAUUCUUCUUCCCGCAGGCCUUCCUGACUGGCACGCUGCAAAACUUUGCCCGCCGCUCCGUCCUCUCCAUCGACACCAUCACCUUUGGCUUUAAGGUGAUGAAGGAGCCGGCAGCGGAGUUGAAGGAGCGGCCCGAGUCAGGCUGCUUCAUCCACGGUCUGUUCCUGGAGGGGGCACGCUGGGACACGAAUACCGGCCUGCUGACCGAGUCACGGCCCAAAGAGCUCUACACUGAGAUGGCUGUCAUCUGGAUGGUCCCUGUGCCCAACCGCAAACCUCCGCAAUCAGGGGUCUACAACUGCCCCAUAUACAAAACCCUCACUCGUGCUGGAACUCUGUCCACCACGGGUCACUCUACUAACUAUGUGAUUGCAGUGGAGCUGCCAACUGACCAAAGCCAGCGGCACUGGAUCAAGCAAGGCGUGGCGCUAAUAUGUGCACUGGACUACUGAACACUGUCGUUCUCACGCAGACACACGUUCACAGAAGUGCAGAAGGAAGUGCCCUUUAAAAACACUUCACCGUUUAAAGCUCUCGCUGAUUAAACAUGUCAAACUAA